CUAUACGAUCGAUCUAUCGACGAAUACGAAACGAUCCUCACUCCACGAGAUUUUGAACGAGCCGAACAAUUGGGCAAUCCACCUCAUUACAACAAGUAUGACUUAGACGAUCCUGAUGCUAUGUACAAGAAAGAUCUAUUCGAAGGAGAUAUCGCCAAUGAAAAUGCGAAGGAAUUCUUCGAAGGCAGACCACGAAAAGUCAAAUUGUCUGAUUUGAAUGCUUCAACCGUCGAAAUGUUCCUGAAUGGAGGUGUAGGCAACAGUAAUGGCGGUUGGUAUAAUGCCAUAAAGAAUCGACACCAAUGUGGCCUAACGGUCGCAUUCCUUACACGAUCAGCACCGGUCUCAAAUAGCGGCAUCCAAUGCAGGAGUAUUCCCUUCACACUUGUAUCAAAUGGGUACCGAAAACGAACAGCGACGUCAAUUAUAUCUAUAUUUUUCCCGACAGGGGAUGUUACUCUAUGGUUGGCAAAAUAG